AUGUCCAACACUACUGGGCGAGGUCAUGGGGGUCUUAACCAACUAGGCGGAAUGUUUGUAAAUGGUCGGCCGCUUCCGGAGGUGAUCCGGCAGCGCAUUGUGGACAUGGCUCACCAAGGCGUCCGACCUUGUGACAUCUCCCGUCAACUCCGUGUCAGCCAUGGCUGUGUCAGUAAGAUUUUGGGCAGAUACUAUGAGACAGGCAGUAUCAAACCAGGGGUCAUUGGUGGUUCAAAGCCAAAAGUGGCCACUCCUAAAGUAGUGGAGAAGAUAGCAGAGUAUAAGCGACAAAACCCGACCAUGUUUGCCUGGGAGAUCAGGGACAGACUGCUAGCAGAGGGUGUGUGUGACACCGAUACUGUUCCCAGUGUCAGCUCUAUCAACAGGAUUAUUAGAACAAAAGUUCAGCAGCCCUUCAACCUGCCUCUCGAUAGCAAAGGCCUCAGUCCAGGACACACUCUCAUUCCCAGUUCAGCAGUCACCCCACCUGAAUCUCCCCAGUCUGACUCGCUGGGUUCCACCUACUCCAUCAGCGGGCUUCUGGGAAUCCCUCAACAGGCCAGCACAGAGGGCAAGAGGAGUCAUGACGAUAGCGAUCAGGAGAGCUGUCGGCACAGUGUGGACUCCCAGGGCAGUGGAGGCAGACCCAGGAAACAGCUCAGGCCUGACCACUUCCCUCCACAGCACCUGGACUGCGGCUUUGAGCGCCAUCAUUACCACUCUGACACAUUCAGCUCAGUGGCUGCUACUGGCAAGACUGAGCAGGUGCUUUAUCCCCUCUCCUUAAUCAAUGGAAGUCUAGAGGAAGGAAAGAACAGCCUCUCAGCAUCAAAUGCCACUAUUGGUCGGAAUCUUACAGCACACCAGGGCUAUACAGUGGUCACAGACCCCCUCCAGCCCCUUCCACUCUGUAUGAAACAGGAAAUGUCACCUGAAGUGACCAGCUCAAGCCCCUCCCCCAGCAUUAUAGCCAACUCAGCCUUUCUGGAGCUAAACUCCAUAGCAACUCCAUCUCCAGUCUCCGUCAGUAACAGCUGCAGCAGCUCCACUCAUUUCUCUCAUGCUUUCAACUCAUUCACGCAUCAUGCACCUGUGUAUGGGCAGUUCAACGGGCAGUCGCUCAUCACAGGUCGAGACAUGGUCAGCUCCACACUCCCAGGUUACCCUCCACAUAUUCCCUCUGCUGCCCAGACAGGCUACACAUCCUCCACCAUCACAGGAAUGGUAGCAGGUGCAGAGUACACUGGCCAGACCUACACCCACUCUCCAUACACCUCCUAUAGUGAUGCUUGGAGAUUCACCAACUCAGGCCUCCUAGGCUCUCCGUAUUACUACAGCUCUGCCUCCCGCACCGCACCACCCUCUACAGCCGCAUACGACCAUCUCUAG